AUGUCUGAAGAACAGCAGCUCAAGGAUCCAGUUCCUGAAAAUGAAGAUGUUUCCCAACAAUCUGGUUCCAAUAAUGUAACAGAGGAAGUCAUUCCCACGGCAAUUGUGAUCAAGAAUAUCCCCUUUGCAAUUAAAAAGGAACAACUUUUGGAAGUUAUUGCCAAGAUGGACUUGCCACUUCCGUACGCUUUCAACUACCAUUUCGACAACGGUGUGUUUAGAGGUUUGGCGUUCGCCAACUUCACAACCACAGAUGAAACCACUAGGGUUGUGCAAAGCUUGAACGGCAAAGAAAUUGGUGGUAGAAAGCUACGUGUAGAGUACAAAAAGAUGCUACCUCAAGCUGAGAGAGAGCGUAUCGAGCGGGAAAAACGUGAAAAACGAGGCCAGUUGGAAGAACAGCAUAGGUCCAUGAGCAAUAUCUCUCUACAGUCCCUUGGGGCAACGCCAUCCUCGGCACAGCCAGGUGGAAACGUCGGAGGUGCUCCACCAUUAGCGUCGAAUAACUCUUCUUCGCAGUUGUUCAACUCGUUUAUCAACUCGGAGUCAACUCCAGGCGCAGUUUCCAUGACUACUGUCCCACCAAGCCCUCAGCAACCUCUCCAUCAUCACCACCACCCACAGCUGUCUGCACAAAACACUGCAACUUCGAUGUCGAUGAUGUCUUUGCAAGGUCUUCCCCAAAUGUCCGAGAGAUUCUACGCACCACUGCCAGCAGCUGCAAACCUAAUGCUCCCACCACAGCAAUUAGAUUUCAACGACCCGGACACGUUGGAGAUCUACAGUCAGUUGUUGUUGUUUAAGGACAGAGAAAAGAGGUACUACGAGUUAGCUUAUCCAAUCGGCGUUUCCGCAACACACAAGAGAAUUAUAAACGUGUUGUGUUCGUUCUUGGGGCUCAUUGAGGUGUAUGACCCAAGCUUCAUAAUAAUCAGACGCAAGAACCUGGACCUUGCGACUUUACAAUCGCAUUUGCAACAACAGGGCCAGCUGGAUAUGAUGCAGCCUUUACAACCAUCGUCCACCGGGGGUUCUAUCUCUAGGUCGCAAUCUUAUACUAGCUUGUUACAAGCACACGCUUCAAUGAAUCACGGCCUGCUUUCCCAAACGAACGGAUCAUCCACGAACUUGGGAAACAUGGCUAACGGCGUACCACAACAAGCCGGUGGUACCGCUUCUCUCGCCAAUGCAUCUACGAACUCUACCACCGGUAGUAACAUGACCAACGUUUCCAACGUUAACAAUGGUGUAGGAGGAGGAACCGGUGGAGUUAGUGGUUCCAACCAACAACCGCACUCCCCAGGCACAACCCUUCUACAAGCUUCGUCUUUGCACCAGGAUAACAACGCUGGCUUGCGAAACCAGGUCCCCACUCCAUCGAUUAUGCAGAAUAGAAUUCCUUCCGGUUUCCAGACCAAUAACCAACAGCAUAUGACAUCUUCGAGCCUGUUACGGAACCAGGGUAUAUCUCCUCCUCAACAGCAGAUUGGUAUCAACCAGCCAAAUGCCGGCCGUGUCCCAUCGUUGUACCAAUCACAGCCAGGCACACCAGGUAUGAAUGAGAACAGAUUCACUCAGUUGACGUCUUCCCAAUUGCAACAACAGCAAUCGCAACAGCAGCAGCAAUCGCAGCAACAGCAGCAACAGCAGGGUCAGGGUCAAGGCCAAGGCCAAGGCCAGGUCCAGCAGCAACCAUUAGCGCCCCAACACACUUCGGAAUCCAUCCACUCCAACUACAGUGUCCAUUCCAUCCACGACUUUGUCCCGGGCUCUAGCAGCCAGGGUUACCCACCCGCUGCUGGUAGCGAUAUGCUCGAAAACAGCUUGACCAGAAGUCUCAGCGGGCUAGAUAUAGGCAAAAGACAUGGAUCUUCUGCAGCAAAUAGCAACAAUCUGUGGGGUUAG